ACGACAACAUGCAGGAGUUCCUUGUAUUUGCUUUGACCAUGGCAUAUGUCUCGACAUCGACUUAUCAAGAUCAACCUGAAAUUGAUAAUAAUUCCAAUAUUGGCAACAUCCACGGGCAUAAUGCUUUGCCCUGUCAAUUUCCCUAUCAAGUCAGACUUUUGAUGAAGAAAGACCAAGAACGAGCUUACUGCGGAGGCUCCUUGAUUGAUCACCGUUGGUUCCUGACUGCCGGCAGCUGCACAGUCGAUGCCGAUAAUGUCACCGUUCAGUUGGGUAGUCAGAACUCAAGCCCAUAUGCGACGCACAUAGUCAACAAGAAAGACAUCAUCGCAUUCAAGGACUUUAACGAUUCUAUACUUUUUGCUGAUAUCUCACUAAUUCGCAUUCCAUAUGUUGAAUACAACAAAAACAUUCAACCCGUUAAACUACCCAAGAUCCAACCACACUUUCGAACCUACGCUGAUUCUGAGGUUGUCAUUACAGGCUGGGAAAAUACCUUUAAUGCUUCAAGCCCAGAUGGCGAAAUAUUCCAUUAUGCUAUAUUAAAAAUCAUAAACAACACAGAUUGCAGGGCAGUAUAUGGAGAAAUAAUUUCCUCUGCCCUAAUCUGUGCUUCUACCUCCUCGGAUAUAUCCCCAUGGAUAGGCGACUCCAGCUCUAGCUCGUGUGCUUUGGGGGUGGUGAUCUUGCUUGCACAAAUCGAUCCUAUUUUGCGCUGCGCAGAGACUAGAAUUGAGCGUGCUGCGACAAAAUAUAAGCUAGAACACUAA